ACACACUGCCAAAAUUACAGUAAAAACUAAAGGUCCAAAUUUGGAUGCGACUUCCUCACACACUGAAAGCUAAGCGCCUAAGCCAAUAAAAACCAAACCAACGAAACAUACCUUACUUCUCAGCUCUGACACAACCCAACCGUACGCCACAUCCCAUUUCACUCCUUUCUUAAGUUUCUUCUUUUCAUUCGAUUCGUCUUUUCAGUUUUUCUCUUUUCGCUUUUUCAAUUAUUUCGCUCCUUUUUUAGUUGUUUUCCUCAGAAGACGAAACGAACAUGGCGGAAUCGGUGGAGCUUCCGAGCCGGUUGGCAAUCCUUCCUUUCAGGAACAAGGUGCUGCUUCCCGGCGCCAUCAUCAGAAUCCGCUGCACUUCUCCAACCAGUGUGAAGCUGGUGGAACAAGAGCUUUGGCAGCGAGAAGAGAAGGGGAUGAUUGGCAUCUUGCCAGUUCGUGAUGCUGCUGAAGUUAAGCCAGUGGGUCCCACUAUGUCUCAAGGUCUUGAUUCUCUAGAUCAAAGCUCAAAACUUCAAGGUGGUUCAUCUGAUUCUCAUAAACUUGAUGCAAAAAAUCAGAAUGAUGUUGUUCAUUGGCAUAACAGGGGGGUAGCUGCUCGAGCAUUACACUUGUCAAGGGGAGUGGAGAAACCAAGUGGGAGGGUCACGUAUAUAGUUGUUCUUGAAGGUUUGUGCAGAUUCAGCGUCCAAGAACUAAGCACAAGAGGGACAUACCAUACUGCAAGGAUCUCCUCCCUUGAGAUGACUAAGACUGAGAUGGAACAGGUGGAGCAAGACCCUGAUUUCAUAAUGCUGUCUCGCCAAUUUAAAGCGACUGCCAUGGAGCUUAUUUCUCUUCUAGAGCAGAAACAAAAAACUGGUGGAAGGACAAAGGUUCUUUUGGAGACUGUCCCAGUUCACAAGUUGGCUGAUAUAUUUGUUGCUAGCUUUGAGAUAAGCUUUGAAGAACAACUGUCUAUGUUGGAUUCAGUUGAUCCUAAAGUGAGGCUUUCAAAAGCAACUGAAUUAGUUGAUAGGCACUUACAAUCUAUACGUGUAGCAGAGAAAAUUUCACAAAAGGUUGAAGGACAACUGUCAAAAUCUCAAAAGGAAUUUCUUCUGCGUCAACAGAUGAGGGCUAUAAAAGAGGAACUUGGUGAUGAUGAUGAUGAUGAGGAUGACCUUGAAGCUCUGGAAAGAAUAUAAAUUUCAAUUUCAAAAAACUCUAGGAUCACCAUGUCAAUUGACUUUAAUGUGAUGUUAUCCCUCAGGAGACUUAAAAAAAUGCAGCCCCAGCAACCUGGGUAUAGCAGUUCACGGGCAUAUCUGGAACUUCUUGCUGAUCUGCCAUGGCAGAAGGCCAGCAAAGAAAUUGAACUUGACUUGAGAGCAGCACAGGAGCGCCUGGACAGAGAUCAUUAUGGUUUAGUCAAGGUCAAGCAACGGAUAAUUGAGUACUUGGCUGUUCGCAAGCUUAAGCCAGAUGCAAGGGGCCCUGUAUUGUGCUUUGUUGGACCGCCAGGUGUUGGGAAAACAUCAUUGGCAUCUUCUAUUGCUUCAGCUUUGGGCAGAAAAUUUGUGCGCAUUUCCCUUGGUGGUGUCAAGGAUGAAGCUGAUAUUAGAGGACACAGGAGAACAUACAUUGGAAGCAUGCCUGGGAGGCUCAUAGAUGGACUAAAGAGAGUAGCUGUCUGCAAUCCUGUCAUGCUGCUCGACGAAAUUGACAAGACUGGUUCUGAUAUUCGUGGAGAUCCAGCUUCAGCAUUGCUAGAAGUUCUUGAUCCAGAACAAAAUAAAACAUUCAAUGAUCACUAUUUGAAUGUUCCAUUUGAUCUUUCCAAGGUAAUAUUUGUGGCUACAGCAAAUAGGGCACAGCCGAUUCCACCACCUCUCCUUGACAGGAUGGAGGUCAUUGAGCUUCCUGGAUAUACAGCUGAGGAAAAGCUAAGCAUAGCCAUGCGGCAUUUGAUUCCUAGAGUUUUGGAACAGCAUGGGUUGAGUUCUGAAUUUCUUCAAAUUCCAGAGGGGAUGGUCAAGCUUGUUAUUCAUAGAUAUACUAGGGAAGCUGGUGUACGAAAUUUGGAAAGGAAUCUCGCUUCCCUUGCUCGUGCUGCUGCUGUAAGAGUAGCAGAGCAAGAACAGUUUGUCCCACUAAACAAAGGGAUGGAGGGACUAGCUACACCACUUCUGGAAAACAGACUUGUUGAUGGUGCUGAAGUUGAAAUGGAAGUUAUACCAAUGGGUGUCAACAAUCAAGACAUUUCAAACACAUUCAGGAUCACCUCUCCGUUGGUUGUUGAUGAAGCCAUGCUUGAAAAAGUGCUUGGGCCUCCAAAGUUUGAUGGAAGAGAGGCCGAACAACGUGUGGCAACCCCUGGGGUAUCUGUGGGGCUAGUUUGGACUAGUUUUGGUGGAGAAGUUCAGUUUGUGGAGGCUACAGCAAUGGUGGGAAAGGGUGAAUUGCACCUGACUGGACAACUUGGUGAUGUCAUCAAAGAAUCUGCUCAGAUUGCUUUAACAUGGGUAAGAACAAGAGCAGCUGAUCUUAGGCUGGCUGCCACAGAAGGCAUUAAUCUGUUGGAGGGCCGCGAUGUACAUAUACAUUUUCCUGCUGGUGCUGUACCUAAAGACGGGCCUUCAGCUGGUGUGACUUUGGUCACAGCAUUGGUAUCUCUUUUCAGCCAGAAAAGAAUGAGAUCAGAUACUGCUAUGACAGGGGAAAUGACAUUAAGGGGUCUCGUACUACCUGUUGGUGGUAUCAAGGAUAAGAUAUUAGCUGCACAUCGGUAUGGUAUUAGGAGAGUCAUCCUACCUGAGAAGAACUUGAAGGACUUGGCUGAAGUACCAUCCUCGGUGCUGAACAACUUGGAGAUACAUCUUGCAAAGCGAAUGGAAGAUGUGUUAGAGCAAGCUUUUGAGGGCGGGUGCCCUUGGAGGCAACACUCAAAAUUGUGACAGUAUUAUCCUUAAGACCUUGACUAGCACGUCCUACAUUCAACCAUUUGGUCCCACCAUGAUCUAUAUGCAUUGUCGUUAAUAUUGCGGCAUUGGAGACCGCUCAUUUAAAUCUAUUACGGUGGACGGUGAUCGUGUUUGAGCAAAACUUGAGUAAGACACGGCUUGGAAAAGAGCUGCAUAUUACAGAGACCGACCCCAUUUACUGUCGGUGCUCUUUUGUAACUUGUAAGUACAUUUUUCUUUUCUGCGUUCGACUCGCAGUUAACCUACUCCCUUUUUAUUCCCACUUUAUUCUGUAAAUUUUGUUGUAUCAAUGUAAUUUUUAUUGUGCAUAAUCUAUUCAGUUUUUUCACCAA